AUGAGUGGAGAUGAGCAAGCUGGUUCUGAUCACGAUUCGAAUGGUGUUGAAGAAGAGGACACUGUGAACUCUGUCCCAGAUGAAAAUCCGCUUAAACACAGGUCACCAUCACCACCAAAGAAGAAAUCUAAAGCUGACCGCAACGGAAGUGAUUUGGAUAACACGCAAAAAGAACCCAACGAUGAAGCUGAUGAAGCAGACGCUUCCGAUGAGAAGGAAGCAGAGAAGCAUGAAGUGAAGAAGAAGAAGUCGAAGUCGGAAAAAUCGGAGGACAACAAAGAAGAGGAGAAGAAAGCCAAGUCUGGAAAGGAAAGGAGAGGUGAUGACGAGAAAAAAUCCAGGUCUGGAAAGGAGAAAGAUAAGGGAGAUAACGAUGACAGGACGUCAAAAUCGGAGAAGGAUAAAGAAAGGCGAGAUGAUGAAGACAAGAAGUCUAAAUCAGACAGGGAUAAA